UAAUUCCUAACAUUAUUCUCAUCACAAUAAUGGCAGUGUCUUUAUCCAAAAAACGGUCCAAAUUUUCAAGAAAAUUAGAACCCAAACAAUCUUGUUUUGCCUUCACAAUUCUAUACAGCUUCAUACGUAGAAUUUCUGCUUUAAUCUUUCUUUUAAUCCUUAUAUACAUUUGGUCUUCUUUCUCCACAAUUAUAACAGGAAACAUCAUUCAUGUUUGUUUUUCUACAAGAAAGCUCAAUGAUAACUUCUAUUGUGUUUCUGCAGCCACUCAUACUAAUCCUUCCUUUGAUAUCCCAACUUAUUCCAUAAACAAUAAUACUGUUAGCACCUCCAUUAUUACUACUACUGAAAAAAUUGAGGUUAGUAAUAAUGUAACACAGGAACUUGGAAAUUUGUCAAUUGGUACUCCGUAUAAUGAAGAGGUUGCAAAUGCUGUUAAGAUCAUUGAGGAACACUUGAAGGUUCAUCGAUCUUGGAGGUCCGAAAAUAAAAACAAUGCAACUUGUGAUGAUGGUAAAGGAAUAUAUGUGUAUGAUUUACCAUCCAAGUUUAACAAGGAUUUGGUUGGUCAAUGUAGUGACAUGCUUCCAUGGCAAGAUUUCUGCAGAUAUAUAAGUAAUGAAGGGUUUGGUGAACCAAUAUCAAAACUUGGUAAAGGUUGGUAUAAAACUCAUCAAUACUCACUUGAACUUAUUUUUCAUUCAAAGGUUUUGAAGCAUCCAUGCAGGGUUUAUAAUGAAAAUGAUGCAAAGCUUUUCUAUGUUCCAUUCUAUGGUGGUCUUGAUGUGCUGAGAUGGCAUUUCCAGAAUGUUUCAAAUGAUGUUAAAGACAGUUUAAGUUUGGAAUUAGUUAAGUGGCUUGAGAGACAAGUUAACUGGAAAAGGAAUUUAGGUAAGGAUCAUGUUUUUGUUUUGGGGAAAAUUUCUUGGGAUUUUAGAAGGACUAGUGAUUCUCCUUGGGGAACUAGAUUGUUAGAGCUCGAAAAACUUCAAAAUCCGAUUAAACUAUUGAUCGAACGCCAACCGUGGCAUGUGAACGACAUUGGAAUUCCUCAUCCAACUUAUUUUCAUCCGAAAUCAGACAACGAUAUAAUCGAUUGGCAGCUGAAAAUCAUAAGGUCGAACCGGAGGAACCUUGUAAGUUUUGCAGGCGCAGCGCGGGAUCAUGCGGAUGAUCACAUAAGGUCGAUAUUAAUCAACCAAUGCAGUUCCGAAAGUGACGGUAAAUGCAAGUUUCUGAAUUGUAGUUCUGCUAAAUGUAAUGAGCCAGAAUCAAUUAUAGAACUUUUUGUGGAAUCUGAGUUUUGCUUGCAGCCACCGGGAGAUAGUCCAACGAGAAAAUCGGUGUUUGAUUCACUAAUAUCGGGAUGUAUUCCUGUUCUUUUCGAUCCUUUCACGGCUUAUUAUCAAUAUGCUUGGCAUUUACCGGAGGAUUAUGAUAAGUAUUCUGUGUUUAUGGACAAAAAAGAGGUGAGGGAAAUGAAUGUGAAUGUGGUGGAGAGGCUUGGGAAUAUUUCAUUGAGAGAUAGAGAAAAUAUGAGGAGAUAUAUUGUAUAUGAAUUAUUGCCUGGUUUAGUAUAUGGUGAUCACAAUGCUGAGUUUGAUAAGUUUCAGGAUGCAUUUGCUAUUGCUAUGAAUAAUCUGAUUGAGAGGGUCAAUAGAUUCAAGGACUGAUAACAUUAUAAAGUAUUUUGGUUUAAAUUUACUUUUUUGGGGGGAGUGGGGUGGUUUACUAACAAUACUUGUAAGUUGUAAUCUGUAAGUGAUAAAGUUUAUCAAUCCUAAAUUAUUCUAUUUCUUUGUUGAAUGAUUACUCUAUACUUGUAAGUUGUAAUCUGUAAGUGAUAAAGUUGAUCUAUACUUUUAUUCUA